AUGCUCACCCCCGACGCCGGGCCCUUAUCCUCGUCCUCAUCCGCUGCCGUUGUCACCGCCGCCGCCGCCGACCCCGAUACUGUCGAAGAGCUAGCGCGGCACUCUAUUAACUUUGCCGUACUAAAGCUGUACGCCGUCCAGCCCCUCAUGCAGUAUCGCCACCUUCUCCUCCUUGCAGACCUGUCGGGCGUCUUCUGCAUCACGAUGCUCUUACUCUGUGCUUACGAGGUCCCUGGCCUGCGGACUAUCCAGCACCCCUCAAUGCGCGAAGCUAUCCUUGUCGGCUGGCGCUGCCUUCGGUUCUGGGUGGCGAACUUGGAGCUAAAGCUGAGGAAUACUCUUGUCGUUGGAUUCAGCAAGGGAGCCAAGAUCGCGACUACCGCCGACCGCGUCAAGUCUAUUAAAAUCUUCAGGUGA